AUGGCUACACAACAAGUUUCGAAGUCGGCAAAUUCAGAUGAAAAUAUUGAGACUACUAUGGACACAUCUCUCUCUUCACCGACAUCCUCAAUGAGUCAAAUCAUGAAUCGUACGUUAAGGAACACAUUGUCUGGUUCUCCAGUCGAAACCAAAGAACUUAAGAGCGCCCUCAUCAGCAUUCCACAAGAAGUUCGGGACAUGAUUUACUCAUAUCUCCUGGUAAACCCAGUCCUAGGAAAAGCCACUUCAGUCUCGUCAGAAACUACCUAUGGCAGCACUCAGAAGUACGAUCUAGACACUGCAAUCCUUUAUGUGUGCAAGCAGACAUACCGGGAAGGCAUUUCCAUCUUGUACAAAAACCCUAUUUUAAUAGACUGCAGCAACAGUCCUGGUGAUUGGGAUUUCACAGAUGGUGUCUUCGAUGACCGUCGUUUGGAAGAUGAAGAAGAUGAAAGAAAUGGAAUCCUGGAGCCCUAUAUCAUCAAUCUCUGCCCAUUAACCCGGUACACAAAUUGUCAGCGCAAAAAGCAUCAAGACAAGCCAUUGUUUCGCAAUACCCUAAACAUUGAAAAGGUAAAGAUUUGGAACGUCCUCUUGAACUCUUUCAAAAUAGAUUGCUGUAUGUCCGUACCCGAAUAUCUCCCUAAGCAUCUCAAUUCUGCCUGUGACCUUCCAUUCAAGUCAAAUCCAAACAGAAGCAGCAGGAUCAUUUAUAUGGAGGAAGGCUUGGUCAACAAUCUAUUGCCAUUAAAGAUGAUACGAAAUAUCAAGAGACUUGUUAUCAAAUGUUCUGAACUCCCUAUGAUUCCGGACUACUGUUAUCACCGAGAUCACGGAAGGAAGCUAUGGCCUGCCGAGUUGAGUGUACCUGACUUACCUUCGACGGAGCUCAUCAGUGAGUACGUCAAGCUUACUAGUGGAGCCACUCCUGUUAUUGAAUGUUUAUAUCUUCUGGGGGAAAGAUUGGACGAGUAUUUCUGGUUGUUCCAUCGUGCAGAGAUUGUGGUGAUCAACAGAGCGUUUGUGGGCUUUCGACGCAGCAUCAGAGUCCAUGAUACUUUGAUUUGCCCACCUGAGGCCGUCGGUGGUGGACUGGUCAUCCAAGAAGAUGAACAAAGUUUCCUCGAUUGCGGAGAAGUAAUUGGAGCUAUCGGAGGUCCUUCUCUUGAACACACUGAAACCGCCGAGGAGAUUCUCUGUUUCAAGCAGUACCGGGGAGAGUUACUUCAUGUCCUAGAGCCUGAAUACCAGAAUGUUCGUGCUUGUUCUAUUAAACUUCGGGAGUUUCUUCAAAGCGAAAGCGGCCCAACCGGAGUUUUUGUAAUCGGGCCUUCCAGAGCCGUUGAUCGACAAGAUUACUGGACCAGAGUAACAAGAGCUAUGGAAGUACUAGAGGAAUACGAAUACUCAUUUCAGAAAAAAAACAAUUAUUUUGUGUUGGCGUAUGUGUCGGGUGAGUCAAGAAUGGUAAUGAAGAAGAUAGCCUGGGCAUACGAAAGAAGGAUGUGGAAGAAACUUAUGUUUUAUUACAAAAUCGCAAUCAGACGCAUGGAAAAGCACUAUGUCAAAAUAAGAUGGUGCAGAACAGACCUUUUCAAAUGGGAUGUUUCUGACAGAGGCUCUGAUCUGGACACUCAUUCUGAUAUAGUGGAGGCAAUUGUUUGGCCGAAGCCGGAGUUAAAUUCAGAACACGACCAGGAGCAUAUAAUCAAGAUCUCCAAGGGUGAGACAAGUGACACAGAUCUUAAGGAUUCUUUAUGCGUUGGCGAUAAUCGUGAUGAUGAUGUUUGGUAG